AUGACUCGACCAGAUAUUGCUUUUGCAGUAAGCGUUGUAAGCCAAUUUAUGUCUGCACCUACGGUGAAAUAUUGGGUCACUCUAGAACAAAUUCUAUGUUAUCUAAAAGGGACUCCUGGACUCGGUAUACUUUACAGUGAUCAUGAGCAUACUGCACUUGAGUUUUUUUUUUAUACUGACUGGGUGGGAUCUAAAAGUGAUAGAAAGUCGACUACAGGCUAUUGUAUAUUUGUUGGAGGAAACCUAGUGUCUUGGAAAAGUAAGAAGCAAAAUGUGAUAUCCAGAUCCAGUGCCGAGCCAGAAUACAGGGCCAUGGCUCAAUCCACUUGUGAAAUUCUAUGGAUAAAUCAACUGCUGAAGGAAGUUGGUAUGGAUAUUGCGUCACCCGCGAAACUUUAG